AUGAGCGCGCAGCUCCGUGCAGUCGGGGCGAUGGCCCCCCUCCCCCGCCGCCUUGCCGUUCGGGCAGUUCGACAUUUCCACCACCUCCCGACCGGCGGCAUCCAGCGGGCCGAUCUUGCCGCUCGUAGCUUUAGGAGGUCGUUGCAGUUCCCGUCAAACGCCUACCACAACGCCGUCAUCGUUCGAAAUGCCUCCUUUGCUCGCAUGUUGCCCAAGCUGGCCCUCAAGUUUGUUAGGAUCCCCGCCCUGUUCGGCGGCGUAAUGAUCGGCACCGUGGGUUGGGUACAGUAUCAGGCCAUUCAGGUCAGUAACUCUGCCCAGGAGAUGUUCAGCAACAUGAAGAACACCGUCACUUCUACCGCCUCGACGCUGUGGGGGGGCGCCAAGGAUAUCGCCGGACAGACGAAACAAGGGUGGGACAACACAAAAGAGAACUUCGAGAUACCGGAAUGGCUGGACAAGAUUAUGAAAGGGGAGGGCGAUGCUGCCUCUGGUAAAGGAGGGGCAGGCGGGCAGGGCGGGCCGGAACCGCCCAAGCAGAGCAGGUCUGGAGUUGGCGCCGUUGCAGGAGCCUCGGCCGCUGCCUAUGGUCUUGAUCAGUCUGAUGAAAACGACGAAAGGACACCCGAGGAGGUCAUCAAGGACGACCAGAUGAUGUUCAUCACCAAGAAAAUGAUCGAAAUCCGGAACCUCUUACAGAAGGUCGGCCAAUCCAACACCGUCACGCUGCCGUCUAUUGUUGUUAUUGGCUCGCAGUCGUCAGGGAAGAGCUCUGUGCUAGAAGCCAUCGUUGGUCAUGAAUUUCUGCCCAAGGGAAGCAACAUGAUCACCCGGCGGCCGAUCGAGCUCACUCUCGUGAACGACCCCGAAGCACGGGUCGACUAUGGCGAAUUCCCCGAUCUCGGCCUUACCAGGGUUACCGACUUCUCCCUGAUCCAAAAGACCCUCACGGAACUCAACCAGUCGGUCCCCGAGUCUCUGUGCGUUACGGACGACCCCAUCCGGCUUACCAUCCACUCGCCAGGGAUACCAGACCUGUCACUUAUCGACCUCCCCGGUUACAUCCAAGUGGCGGGAGAAAACCAGCCCCGGGAGCUGAAGCGCAAGAUCUCGGAACUGUGCGACAAGUAUAUUCGGGGACCCAACAUUAUCCUCGCCAUCUCAGCCGCCGACACCGAUCUGGCGAACUCGACUGCUUUGCAAGCCAGCCGUAGAGUGGACCCGCGGGGAGAACGGACUAUCGGUGUUAUCACUAAGAUGGACUUGGUUGAGCCGGACAAGGGCGCCGAUAUUCUGAGCGAUCGGAAGUACCCGCUGAGGCUCGGCUAUGUUGGCGUCAUCUCCAAAUUGCCAACCCAGACAGGUCUCUUUAGGAGGGAGACCGGCAACCUCUUGGCGGGUAUCACCCGGAACGAAAGAUCCUUCUUCAACACAUACCCUGCUCAGUUCGGGCCGGAGGCCGGGGUCAACACAGGCACAAUAACGCUUCGAAAGAAGCUUAUGCAGGUCCUGGAACAAACCAUGUCCUCCAAGUUGCACGAGACCACCGAGUCCAUCCAGCGAGAGCUCGAGGAAACCACCUAUCAGUUCAAGGUGCAGUACAACGAGCAGCCCAUGAGCGCCGAGGCAUACCUGGCCGCGAGCUUGGAUGAGUUCAAACAUCAAUUCCACGCUUUCUCGUCGUCUUUUGGCCGGGCCCAGCUGCAGAGUUUGCUCAAGGAUGCACUCGACCAGAAGCUCGACACGGCCCUAUCCGGUCUUACUAGGCUCGGCGUGGGCCGUCUCGCAGCCACGGUAGCCGCCACAGCCGUCCAGUCCAACAUUGACAAGCUCCUCGACAAGUCAUCCUUCUCUAAGCACCCGUCAGCCCGCAAGGCCAUUAGCGAAGCCGCCUCUACUGUCCUUGCGGAUCGGUCAUACGCCACAAGCGACGGUAUUGAGAUCUCUCUCAAACCCUACAAGUUUGAUCCUGAUAUCCAGCCCAACGAGUGGGCCCAAGGGCGUGAACACGUCGUUGGCGUGCUCCAAGGCGAACUGGAACAGUGCCAGUCGGCCUUGAAAAGCCUUGAGAGCGCGGUCGGCGGGAGAAAAAAACUCAAGGAGGUCAUGACCUUCGUCGACAAAGCCCGCCGCGGUGAGGUCAUUGUCGAGGGCGACCACCACCCCAGUGGGGCAGGCGGAUUCAGCGCCGCUCUCCUCGCGCGAGGCCGCGAAGCCGCCUUCCUGCGCGACCGCGCCGACAUCAUCAACAUGCGCAUCACAGCAGCCAAGUCGCGCAAGUGCAAGGACCCCGAGAACAAGUACUACUGCCCGGAAGUGUUCCUCGACGCCGUCGCCACCAAGCUCUCCCAGACGGCCGUGCUGUUCCUCAACGUCGAGAUGCUCAACGACUUCUACUCGCGCUUCCCCCGCGAGGUCGAGAGCAAGCUGCACGAGCACAUGGCCGCCGGCGGGCUCGAGCGCUUCGCCCGCGAGGACCCCAAGGUCCGCAGGCACCUCGAUCUCAUCCAUCGCAAGGAGCUGCUCGAGCUGGUCCUGACCAAGAUCGAAGACCUGAACCGUUUUGGUGGCGGGACUGGGUCGGGCCGUGGUGCGGCUGGGGGCCGGGAGCUGGCGGAGGCGGGGAAGAAGAGGAGGCGGUUCUUUUAG